AUGAGAAACUCCUACAGUAUUAAAGAAGUUGAUAAACUACUAAGAAAUCAAAACAAAAGCCUUUAAGAUGUAGAAAAAAUAUAACAAUUUCUCUACAGUUUGCCUUAUUUUUAGAACCUUUUUAAUGAAAUCCACAAAUCUCUAAUACCCAAGUUGAUCCGUAAAUUUUAAUUUAGCUAAUGUGAGGCUGGAGGAGCAAUUAUUGAAAGUGGAAGCAGAAUAAAAGACUUCUUCAUUAUUCUUGAAGGAACAUGUCUUGAAAUGAAUAAAUAAAAACAUUAAGAAGCUGAUGAGUAAUCAAGUGUAGCCGAAGAUCUUGAAAAAACCCCUUACUUAAAGAUUUUAAAGCAAAGCGAAGAAAGAAAAAAAAGUCUUCUUUUCUAACAAACUCCUAUACAUUAAAAUACCACCAAGAGUUAAACUUCAAGAUUUAGAGAAGAAAGUUAGCUUUUAAAAAUUGAAUCUAUGGAUGAAUCUGAAUAAACUGUUACAGCUCAAACUCCACUUCCAUAAAAAUCUUAAUUCUUUCAAAAUAGUUCUUAAGUGAGAUCUGAUAUAAUGGAAGAUUAUUUUGUAUAAUAAUAUAAAAGAAAAUAUGAGAAAAAGGGGUAUAAUAUUUUAAAUACCUUAAAAGAAGGAGAUUUUUUUGGUGGUAUUACAAAAAAAGGCGCAGAAUAGACCUUCUCUGAUAUUUUAUGCUGUACGAAGGUUGAAUAUGUUUGCCUCUGUUUUGAAGACUACUGGAGUAUUUUAUCUAUGUACUAGUUAAGAAUGUGCGAAUAAAAAAUAGCAUUUCUUCGUUCAUAUAGAUUUUUAUAAAUAUAUUCUGAUCACUACCUUAACAAGAGGUUAAAUAUGUUUGAAGAAGUCUCGUUCAACAGAAAUUAAGUUUUAUUUGAAGAAAAUGAACUAUCCAGCUAUAUUUACUUCUUUUACGAAGGAGAAUUUGUAAUGAAUAAAAAUAUUGACUUCAAAAAAUAUCUAGAUUGUAUGUUGAAUAAUAAUAGUAACUCGAACAAUUAAAAUUUAUUUGCUAAAAACACUUAAAUUUAAUAAUUGUAGCGUUCUAACUAAAAUUCAGAAUAAACUACUUCUGAAAGUGAUGAAAAUCAUAAUUAAAAUAUCUGUUGUUCGGGAUAAUUUAAAAAGAAUGUCAUAAUAUCUUACCUUAAUCCAGGAAGUUACAUUGGUCUUUCUGAAUUACUAACAGAUUCAAAAUAUACGUACACAGUAUCAUGUUUCUCUACUCAUGCCAAAGUAUACAGACUUUAUAAAGAGAAUUUUGAGAAAUUUUUCAAAUGUGAGGCAAAUAUAGAAAUAAUGGCAUAAGACUGUCUUGGAAAAGAAAAGAUCUAUGAGGAAAUUUUAUAAAAGCAUGCUAAUAUGAUGAUAGGUGAAUACAGCAAAAUGGGAGAAAAUCAAACAGAAAAAGAAAUGAUAAACAUUUUUGAAAUAAGUAAAAAGAAAAACAAUAAUAACUCAAAUGUGCUUAUCCCUCAUCAGCACUCAAAAAGUGAUGUACCUAAAUUUAAAAAAGAUGUUUCAGUAAUAGAUCAAAGAAUAGAAGAAAAAUUAAAUAGUUAAUCUGGGAAAAUAAGCAGGAAAGAUAUUCAAAAAGAAAAAUCUUAAAAUCUUUAAGAUACAAUCCUGAAUUCUAUAAAUAAUGAUCCCUAUUUUAGGAGAAAACUUUUGAACAAUCUUUCAAGCUUAGGCUUCAAAAUAAAUCACGACAAUUGUAAUAUAUACAAUCACUUAAAACUAUAAACUAAUUAUGCUACUUCAAGGACUUCUAGUCUUUCAAAUUUAUAAGAAUGCAUUUCAAAAACUAAACAAGAGACCUUGGCUCAGAAUUAACCAUAUCAAGGAAAGCUAGAGUAAAUUCCAGAAGUACUUGCUUCUAAUAUGAGUAUUUAAGAUAAUAAUAAAACUUCAAAUGCCAACAGUAACAUCAAUGCGAACUAGCAAUCUUUUAGAGUAGCCUAAAAAUAAAAUAACACAUUAAACUGUCAAAGUCUGUAGGAAUUAUAAAGAAAGAGACUUUCUUUUAUUUUGGGCUGCUAAGAUAAAAAGUAAUUUUAGCAAAAAUCUUCAACAACACUUUAACGCUAAACAAGCAUUGAUUAAGAAGAUGGUAAAGUAAAAUUUGAAAACUCCCCAAGCAUCGAAGAUUUAAAAUGCUUUGAAAAUAAUAUUACAUACAGAAAAGAAAAUCAAACUGAACCUAACUCCCCAUAAGCCUAAUAUGACUAGCCUAAUUUUAAUUCAAAAACUAGUAUUGUAUUCUCAAACAACGAUUAAGAAUUCCUGACAGCUACAAGCCCUUAUGAACUCUCAAACCCAUAACAGAAUAAUUAAUAGGGUUUUCAAAAUAACUUAAGGAUGAAAUCUCUCUCACCAUAAAGGAAACUAAAAAUUUCAGAAAAUAUUGGCAGUUAGCAAUCAUCUUGUUAAUAAACCAAAUAUUUAUCUCCUUAAACAAACUCAAACCCCAAUUUUAUUAUCAAAAAAGACCAACUUAUAAGCAGAAAAGCUAAAUUAGAAUCUGUACUAUCAGCUUAAAAUUCUAAAAAACAAUAUCUUGUAAGCCCUAAAAAAGAUGAAGAAUAUAUAAGUCCUAUUGUAAGUCCUUUUUAAACAUUUAGAUAAAAGUUGUACAACAAUUUUUGCAACAGCAACAAUAUUAAUUUUUCUGAAGCUGAGUCUCCUAUAAAAUUUUAGCAAAGUAAUACUAAUACUUCUCAUAACAAUUCUUUAUAAUUAAAAUUAUUGAAUUAAAAACCAUAAUAAAAUUCAUAGCUGCAUACCUAAGGUUUAAAUAAAUUAAAUUAAGUUUGCUAACCCUAAAGUUCUUCACCAAGUGAAGCUUCUAAAAUACAGUUGAAAUAAACUUUAUUAAAUGUCAAUCCUCAAUAGCAGCAAUCUCAAACUAGCUUAGCAUAAUGCAGUAUUAGCUUUAGCAAUUAAAACAAAAGAUAAAAUAGUGUUUCUAACUUCUAGUUCAAUUUGCAGGGAGGAAAUACAAAUAACAAAGAUUACAAGAAUUAUUUGGAACAAAUAUAAUAACAAUAAUAAAAUAAUAAUAAUAACAGUAAUAUCAAUAACAAUCUAAAUAAUAAAAAUUAAAAUUUAAAUAUCCAUCUGAGGGCAAAAUCAUAAAAGAGUUUCAGAGAUAAGUUGCAUAUUUUAGUUGAUAAGCACAUUCAAGAUAAUUUAAAUCAUAGAAAAUCUUAUAUUUUUAAUAAUCAUAAUACAUCAACUAAUAAAGUUUCUAUUUAAACUGAAUAUCAUAGCUAAUAACUUAAACCUGCUCAGAUAACUCAAACCUCAAAAAUAAAUAUAAAUAAUAUUCCCACAGAAUCUAUAUCAUCUGUAAGGUUUGAACACGUUCUAGAUUAUGGUAGCUAAGCUAAUAAUCAUAGUAACUCGUAAUUAAGUAAAAAUGUCGAAUAAAAAUCUCCUAAAGUAUUGAACAUUGCAAAGAAAAAAUAAAAAUCUUUAUUACACUUUAACUAUCCAAGCUAGACUCAUAUAAUGGAAGACAAUACUAUAGUAAGUAAUUAAGUUAACACUACUUUAUAGUCUCCAAUUGUAAAUAAAUAAGCUGCAAAAAUGCUUCAUAAACGUUGUUCUAUACCAUUAAUGUCACCAACUUCCACUAAGAUCACUCAACUUAGUACAGCACACUCCCCUUCUUUCAGCUCAUUUCAAACAGUUAUAAAUAAACAUCACUCUAGAAUGGCGAGCGAUUAAUCUUGCUCGUAUAUAAAUUAAAAUAUAGCUAAAAAUUAGUAUAUAUGA